GUCCACCAGGACGGUUCUGGACUGUCGCAGUGAUCCGGCCGACCUGUGAUGGCAGUAGAGAUCACUCCGAUGCUCAGCUCAGAUCGAUCAGCUUCACGUGCUUCGGUCCCUCUGAUCAGUUUUAUUGACAGGGUAUCUGCGGUUUGGACCGUGUUCGGGUGUGAGUCGGUCUCUUGUCGUGAUUCUGGUUUUAUGUGGCCAUUCUGAGGCCCAGCUGUUUCUUCCUAAACUUUUCAGACUCAUCUAAGCUUCAGUUAGCGGUUAGCAUCUGAGAGUUGCAGCACAUCGACCUUCUUUCUCAGAACUUUUGGUCCCGGACUUUCACCUCUUUGACCAAACGUGUCGCUGCUCUCCGGGCCGGACCUUCACCUCGGCUCCAGGGCUGGUUGCUGGUUUGUUUCUAGCAGCGGGGCAGCUAAGCUAACAGGCUAAUUGUUCAGAGAGUUAGCCGUUGGCACUUAGCUCGAGCUGCCCUCGUCCUGCUGAUGCCAGCGAUGCUGGAGAGAAACCCGGAGGCUCCGGGGAAGAGAAGAGGUCGGGCCCCGGCGGGGAGCGCCAACAUCGGCCACGGAGCAGCGGCGAACACCGGCGGGAAGCAUCUGUCCGGUAAUGGAACCAGUACCAACAGCUUCUGGGAAGAGGGAAGUUCAGGCUCCAGCAGCGACGAGGAGCAUGGUGGAGGAGGGAUGCGGGUUGGACCGCAGUACCAGGCCGUGGUUCCCGACUUUGACCCGGAAGUUGCCAAAGCUGCUCAUCUCAGGGAAAACCUAGGAAUGUUGGUUUGGAUUCCCAGCGGCUGCCUGAACCAGACUCAGUUGGAUGAGUACAUCGCCAUUGCUAAAGAGAAGCACGGAUACAACAUGGAGCAGGCUCUGGGCAUGCUCUUUUGGCACAAACACAACGUAGAGAAGUCUCUGGCCGACCUGCCGAACUUCACUCCGUUUCCUGAUGAGUGGACGGUGGAGGACCGAGUCUUAUUCGAACAGGCCUUCAGCUUCCACGGGAAGAGUUUCCACCGCAUCCAGCAGAUGCUACCUGAUAAGUCGAUGGCCAGUCUGGUUCGAUUUUACUACUCCUGGAAGAAAAGCCGCAGUAAAACCAGUCUGAUGGACCGACAGACACGAAAACCAAAGAGAGAGAGAGGCGACAGUGAUGAUGAAGCUGAUGAUGGAAAUGGGAAUUCUCCCAUUGACCCAGAGCUGGACACCAAUAAAGACAAGAAGGAGAUGAGUUCUGCCUCAGAGAGAUCAGAGGUGAAACCAGCUUCUGGUCUGAAGAUGGGGGGUAAAGCUUCUCAGCGAAUGAAGAAACGUCCUCCCAGAGGAAUGUUUUUGAAUCAGCAGGACAUUGUUUCACUGUCAUCUUCAUCUGCUCAGGGACUCAUCAGACAGCUGGACUGUCAGCUGGUCUCCAUCAAGAGACAGAUUCAGACCAUCAAACAGACCAACAGCACUCUGAAGGACACACUCAGCUCAGGAGUUGAGGAGUUUAGGCAACCUGAGAUGAACCAAAAGUUCAACAAUCGCUGGACCACAGAAGAGCAGCUGCUUGCUGUACAAGCCAUCAGGAAGUAUGGCAGGGACUUCCAGGCUAUCUCUGACGUGAUCGGUAACAAGUCGGUGGUCCAAGUGAAGAACUUUCUGGUGAACUACAGGCGGAGGUUUAACCUGGAUGAGGUUCUUCAGGAGUGGGAAGCCGAACAUGGAAUGGAGGGGGAGGACAGGGGAGGAGAAGAGGAUAAGAUGGAGGACAAGAUGGAGGCUGCAGAAGAUGAUGAGGCCGCUACUACACAGAGAAAGGAGGACUCGUCCUCUCCAAUGGACUCUGAAAAACCUCUGGCCUCCUGAGACGUCACCGUGACAACCACCUCAGAACCAACCCUUUAUUUCAUUUUGUCAUAAUAUUUUUAUUAUUUUAUUGUAUUCUUUUCCAGUUGUGCUAUUGGUCAAGUGUGAGGGUUGACUGCUGGAUUAAUGACAUCAAGCAUCGAUUAGAGGAUUUUUCUCACAAAAUCCUGUUUCUUUUUAAAUGGAUUUACUUUCUGAUGUUGAUGGUGAGAGAUGGAGAAUGAAGCUGAGAUAUUUGAUGUGUGUUGGGUUUGAUGGGCGUGGUCAGUUAUGAUGAACUUUUUUUUUUUUUUUUUUAUAUUUUAGAAUGAUUUUA